AUGGCAGAUUCAUCACCUCCGAACGCCUCGCCCGAGCAGCGGGAAGAGCAACUGGAGUCGGAGUCGGAGACGGAAGAACAACCACAAGGCGCAGCUGAGCCGACCGCCUCGAAACCGAAGAAGAAAAAGAAACGGUCCAAAAGAUCCAAGAUAGUCUCUGCCAUUACUGGUAACAAGUCCUCCGAACCUGCAGAAGCCUCUUCCUCGCAGCCUACCGCAAAGCUGUCCAACGACCACAUCAAACAAUUGCUUGACAUGAACCCUACGCUGAAGGGAGAACUGGCGGGGUUGCCAACUGAAAAGGCCGCCGAGGUGCUGAGAAAUAUGGACAUGCAGCAGCUGCUGAGCGGAAUGUCUCUCAACGGGAAGAACCAGAAGGAUAUGGCAUCUUACAAGUUCUGGCAGACUCAGCCAGUUCCUCGCUUCGACGAAAGACCCGACUCUGAGAGACCAGACGGUCCUAUCAAAGAGGUUAUUCCCGAGCUAGUUCCUAAGACUGCAGCACCAUUACCAGAGGGGUAUGAAUGGGUUGAGCUUGACAUGACCAAUGACGCCGAGGUUAAGGAGGUGUACAACCUCCUAACUUUGCAUUAUGUCGAGGAUGACCACGCCAUGUUCCGGUUCAACUAUUCUGCCGUCUUUCUCGACUGGGCCUUGAAGUCGCCGGACUGGAAAAAGAGCUGGCAUAUCGGCGUCAGGGCUAAGGGUCCGAGUCGCCUCCUUGUCGCAACCAUCUUCGGUAUCCCGAUCAAGCUCCGAAUACGAGAGAGCAUACUUGACGUUGUAGAGAUCAACUACAUGUGUGUCCACAAGAAGCUGCGAUCACGGCGGUUAGCCCCAGUCCUGAUCAAAGAAGUAACCCGAAGAUGUCACCUCGAAGGCGUCUACCAAGCCAUCUACACCGGGGGUGUCAUUCUGCCUACCCCUGUCGGAAGCUGUCGCUACUUUCACCGGAGUUUGGACUGGCUGAAACUUUAUGAAGUUGGCUUCUCGCCGCUUCCACCUAACAGCACAGCUGCCCGGAUGAUCGCUCGAAACCAACUACCUACCAGUACGAGCACGCCUGGUUGGCGUGUCAUGCAGGAGAAAGAUAUCGACCCUGUCUGGGACCUGCUGACACGGUACCUCAAGCGGUUCGACCUGGUACAGGAGUUCAACAAAGCAGAGAUCGAGCACUGGUUUUACAACAAACACAAGCCGGACGAUCAGGUCGUAUGGUCCUUCGUGGUCGAGAAGGACGGCAAAAUCACGGAUUUCGCGAGCUUCUACAGUCUUGAAAGCAGCGUCAUUGGUGCAAUGAGCCAGAAGCAUGACAGGAUUCGUGCCGCAUAUCUGUAUUACUACGCGACGGACCAAGCUUUCAAUCCCAAGGAGAAAGGGCUCAAGUCCAGACUGCAGGAGAUCGUGCAGGAUCUGUUGAUUGAGGCAAAGAAGGCCAAGUUUGACGUAUUCAAUGCUCUAACAUUGCACGAUAAUCCACUGUUCCUGACCGACUUGAAGUUCGGCGCAGGCGAUGGUCAGCUCCAUCACUACCUUUAUAAUUGGAGGACGAAGCCGAUCAACGGCGGUAUCAACGAGAGAAACCAGGCCGAUGAAUCGAAGAGAGGUGGCAUUGGAAUUGUCCUAUUGUGA